AUGCGCGCGUGCCAAUGGUGGAGCGGUGACCAGGCGAGCUUCUACCUGAACGGGGGCAACCGGCUGCUGGGCAGCAUCAGCCUAAAGCGGCGAAUUUCCUUCGAAGACCUGGUGCAACUGAUGGCUGCAUCGGGCAAAGUCAAGCAACUGCGGGUUUUCAACAAGCUGGGGAGCGAACUGCGGGAGGAGGACUUGCGGUAUUUGAAGGACAAGGAUAUGCUCUACCUGUCGCGCGGGGAGGAGUUCGACCGCAGCAACUGCCUCUCCGAAUACGAGAUCGAAAAGGUGAUCGGAGAAGGCGGGUUCGGCAAAGUCAUGCUCGGGCGGCACAAAGUCUCUGGGCAGCGUGUGGCCAUCAAGUUCCUGAAGACUGGCAACGUGAGCGGCAGCAUGGACGUGGGCAGCAUCUUCAAGGAAAGCGAAAUCCUGCGCAGCCUCACCCACGACAACAUCGUCAGGGUCUACAACUGCCAGUCCCUGCCCGACAUGCAGAUGUUCAUCAUCAUGGAGUACCUCGAGGGCGGAGAGCUGUUGUCUCUGCUCGAGACUCGACGGCUCUCUGAGCAGGAGUGCAAAAUCAUCUUCAAGCAGCUGGUCCGAGCCAUGGACUUCUGUCACCAGCGAGGCCUCAUCCAUCGAGAUCUCAAGCUCGAGAACCUGCUGCUGACUCGCAAAGACAGCCUUCACAUAAAAGUAGUCGAUUUCGGCAUCGCGGGGGUGUCGUCGCAGUUCGCAGCCAAGGAGGUGGACAUAGGCACUCUCAAGUAUAUGGCGCCGGAAAUCUUUCGGGAGAAGGUCAAGCCGGGCCCCAACGUGGACGUCUGGGCUGCAGGCAUCAUUCUCUUCUGCCUGCUGUUCGGUGAACUACCAUUCGAAGGAGACAACACUCACAGCCUCCUUGAGUCUAUCGAGCGGCGCAAGGUGCUGGUGCGGGACGAGCUGGCCAAGCUGGUAUCGCGAGAGGCAGUGGCCAUCCUGGGACGCUGCCUGGAAAAAGAUUGGCAGAAGCGGGCGAAGAUGUGGGACCUGAUGGGCGACCCUUGGCUGGAGGACGUAGACAUCUACGAUGUUAUUCACCAAAAGUGA